AUGUACAAUGUGCUGGAGGUGAACAAGACAAGCUAUGAGAACUGCAUAGAGACAGAUUUCAUCAACAACAUAACAAGAGGUGGGAGGGAUGUCUUCCAACUCACAGAGCCCAGAUUCUAUUACUUCUUGAGUGGAAGAGGGUUCUGUUGGCAGGGAAUGAAGGUUGCUAUACAAGUUGUGAAUGCUUCACAACCUUCUCCUUCACCACUUCCACAGAAGAGUGCUGCUUCUGCUUCUGGUUUAGGUUUUACUAAUGGCAGAAUUCAGGUGCUGCUUGUCUCAGCCUUGGUUUUGAGCUUCUUCAUUCACUAG